CUUCCGCUCCCCACUCCCAGAGAUAAAGGAGAAGAAAGAGUUUGUUUAGACCUCAGAGAAAAAGAGAGAAAAAGAGAGAGAAAGAGAGAGCUCGAAGCCAUGUGCCCCACGAAGCAGAAGCAGAAGCAGAAGCAAAACCACCGGAGCUUAGUCGGAGAACCGGCCGGAAGAUGCUCCGAACACGGCGAGUCCACGACGACGGCGGAUUGGAUUUCCGAGUCAAUCAACGGCGGAUCCUUGCGCCUCGUCGACCUACUCACCGGGAUAAACGGCUGGGCCUCGCCGCCCGGAGAUCUCUUCUAUCUCCGUUCUAAAACCUACUUGACGAAACGGCAGAAAGCUCCGUCCGGCGAUUAUCUGCUUUCUCCCGUCGGCGUCGACUGGCUCAAAUCCAGUACCAAACUCGACAACGUCCUCGCGCGUCCUGACAAUCGCGUCGCCCUGGCGCUGAGGAGAGCUCAAGCCCUAGGCAAGUCGUUGAAGAGCUUUAUUAUUGCCGUUAACAUUCAGGUGCCUGGGAAGGAUCAGUACAGUGCCGUAUUCUACUUCGCUACAGAAGAUCUGAUUCCAUCCGGCUCGCUUCUUCACCGAUUCGUCAAUGGUGAUGACUCUUUCAGAAAUCAGCGGUUGAAAUUGGUGAAUCGGAUCGUGAAAGGGCCGUGGAUCGUCAAGAAAGCGGUAGGCAAUUACAGCGCGUGUUUGUUAGGGAAGGCAUUGACGUGCAAUUACCACAGAGGACCUAACUAUUUGGAGAUUGACGUAGAUAUGGCGAGCUCGACGUUAGCCAGUGCGAUUUUGCACCUCGCGCUUGGAUACGUCACCAACGUAACAGUAGAUAUGGGGUUUCUGGCCGAGGGGCAGACCGAGGAGGAGUUGCCGGAGAGGCUAUUCGGCGCCGUCCGGAUAUGCCAGAUGGAGAUGUCGUCGGCGACCGUCGUGGACGCGCCGACAUUGGCGCGUGGAUUAUCAUGUGCGAAGGUGAAUCACCACAAACCCGGCGACGACGACGACGACGAUAACUAAUUCGAUUACCGAUCAAACGGCAGAGAUUUUGGUCUACAAUAGACGAGAAGCUGUUAGACUAUAAUCUUGUGAGAUUGGCGGUGGAAUCACUUUUCAAUAGAUGUCGAAAUAUGAAUAUUUYGCUCGAUUAAUUGGUAGCCAUCUGUACGAUUACGAAUUACCCUUUAACGAAGAAACUAGAAGCCGUCAAUGGAGGUGGGGACGGCGACGGCGACGGCGGCGGGAUUACGUCGAUUUGCUGUUUCUGGAAUGGGUUGUUGAUCUAUUCUGAAACUUUGAGUAUGGUGUGGGCCUGCCAAUGAUGUGGCCCACUAUAAAUAUAAAGAAAUUUAACAAUUUCUUCUUGGAAAAAUUUAAGUCCGUUUAAUUUCAUCCAAAUUUGCUUAUAAACUCAAAUUUAUGAAAUUCAAUUCUUAUGCUAUCUUGUAUAAACCAUAAACUUGUUAAGCAAGCAUCUUAGKUA